UCUGUUCCCUAGUUAAACUAGCGGUACCGCGAUGUACUUGAUGAACAAAAAAUAAUGCACACCGAUGGCAAUGAAUUGUAUUCACUCGAUGCCCAGAAGACAGACGUGACAAUCAGCCGGUCAUUCAGUUAAUUUUAUCCCAGGAUAGAUGUAUACCGACAAGGCAGUGUUUAGCAAGCCUUACGAUUACAGCCAUAGGAUUCGCUUGGUCCCCUCACUACGCUCGUAAGCUAAUUAGAAAAACCGUAGCAAUGUAUUUGAAGUGGGUGAGAUAGAUGCAAAAGUACCGAUCAUAGCUCGAACGAUGGUAGAUGUAGCGUGUACCGUUUAUCUACACGUCAGUGAAUCAUGUUUCUGUUUGAGAGGUUUCGGAGGAAUAUAGUUUGUGCUUUGUUUAUUUGGCUACGAUCUCGACGGAGCCAUCGCGUUCAUUUCUGGCGACAUAAAAAGUGUAGUAUUCAGUUCCCACAGGUGUCUACCCCAUCGAGGUGUGGCGUCGUCUGCAUCUGCCGCAGCGUUCCGGCAUUACCCUGCCAUCCGCUAGAACUUGCAUUAUCGGACAGUGUUGUGAGUUAGGCCGAUCUUGAUUAACUUGGUGUCGUGGCAGCUGGCAGCUGAAUUCUCGUAGGCGGUUGAUGCAAGAUCGUCUUAUAGAUUUUCGAAGGUCACUGUAUAAUCCAUUAAGUUCAUGUUGUUUAGUACGACAACAUGCGCCGGCAUUCACCGUUCUUCCACUGUCAUGACGUCAUCACAGUCUCUAACAACCUUUUCGGUGAAGCUUUUUGCAAGUCUUUUCAUCAUGACUUUGGCGAUCAUGAGCCGAGGCAAUCUGGGUGAAGCCGCCUGGCAAGAAAAUCUUCAGCCGAGAAUUCGCAUCAACAGAUUACCUCCUGACCGUGCGGUGAGUUUUCGCAGCGAACAAAGCGCUGAUCACUUUCGUUUGUUAGAUUACGAUGAUGAGUCUCUCUUGAUUGGAGCCAGAAACUUCGUUUAUAACGUGUCCUCUGUAUCACUAUCGGUGCAACAACGCAUUGAAUGGAGACCGUCUGAGAAUGACACGAAGAGGUGUCGUCUGUACUGUAAACAGGAAGAUGAAUGCCACAAUUAUAUUCGGAUUAUUGUCAGAAAGAGCGAUGAUCGCCUGUUAAUUUGUGGUACGAACGCUUACAAACCGAAAUGCCGUGAGUACGUGAUCAUGUCCAAACAGACGUUAACGUUAAGCCCGAAGGCGGAAACACCGCUCAACAAACGGCACUUAUUCGACGUUGAGUUCAAGGUGGCUGAAGAGAUGCCCGGCGAGGGAUUAUGUCCCUACGAUGCUAAUCAUAACUCUACGUAUACAUUUGCCGACGGCGAUUUAUACACGGGCACUGUAGGUCAGUUCUCGGGCGCAGAUCCGUUAAUUUACCGAACACCUCUUCGGACAGUGAAGUUCGACCCCAGACAUCUGAACGCCCCACAGUUUGUGUCUUCAAUGCACUUGGGUCAAUUCGUGUACUUUUUUUUCCGCGAAAACGCAGUCGAAUUCAUCAACUGUGGCAAAGCCGUGUACUCACGGGUGGCGCGCGUUUGCACCAAUGAUCAGGGUGGACCUCACGUUUUUAAGAACAAAUUUACUUCGUUUCUAAAGGCUCGUCUCAAUUGUUCGAUGCCAGGCGAUAUUCCGUUCUACUUCAACGAAUUGCAGUCAACUAGUGCCGUCGUUCACGGGUCAUAUGUGGGUAAACCUGCUCGGCUAAUCUAUUCGGUUUUUACGACAGGACUAAACUCAAUCUUAGGUUCAGCUGUGUGCGCUUUCCGUCUUGAAGACAUCGAAGCUACCUUUAACGGGCCAUUUAAAGGUCAAGAUGGCAAAAAUUCAAAUUGGCUGCGUGUGGUCGAUUCGAAAGUGCCAGAACCUCGGCCUGGUACAUGCGUGAACGAGAGUCAAAUACCAGAUGAAACGUUGAACUUCAUCGCUAGUCACCCGCUGAUGGAUGAGGCUGUACCGUCCUACUGGGGCAGGCCUGUUGUGGUACGCACUGGCUUCACGUACCGCUAUACAUACAUAGCUGUCGAUCCGCAAGUGGAGGCUGUCAACGGAAACACGUAUGAUGUCCUUUUUAUCGGCACCGAUCAUGGCCAUGUCCUCAAAGUAGUCAAUUUAGCCUGGCUGUCAAUACGGCAAGCUGAUGAUGGGAAGCCUAUAGAAUCGGUCAUUGUCGAGGAUGUUGAUGUGUUUGGAAAAUCGGCUGCCUUUUUAAAUUCGUCAACCGCGAGUACAUUCCGUAGUGAGCCCGUCGCCGUGACUAAUCUCGUCGUCCGACGGUCACAAAACGAGCAGCAGCUGAUUAUCGUUAGCGAUAACAGAGUUCAGGGAAUUCCACUAUAUCACUGUGAUCUAGCGAAGACGUGUAGUCAGUGUGUACAGCUCCAGGAUCCGUACUGCGCCUGGAGUCCAAAAAAAGGCGAAUGUACCCAUAACUGGCAGGCGGAUACUGGUAGCAUACAAAGCAUCGAACAUGGAAAGGACAACCGUUGCAGCAAUACGUUAAACAUCCUAAAUCUGGAAACCCUGAGCGACCGCACGUCUAGCGUGCACCGCCCAGUGGACACCCUGAGUGACCACACGUCUAGCGUGCGCCGCCCAGUGGAAACUCUGAAUGACCGCACGUCUAGCAUGCACCACCCAGAGGAAACUCUGAGUGACCGCACGUAUAGCGUGCAUCACCCAGUGGAAACCCUGAGUGACCGCACGUCUAGCGUGCACCGCCCAGUGGAAACCCUGAGUGAUCGUACGUUUAGCGUGCACCGCCCUGUAGAAACCCUGAAUGACUAUACGUCUACCGUGGACCGCGCGUCGCCCACGGAUACCGCCAGUGCACUGCUGCGUCCUCCUAUUGAUUUCCUCAACAAAACUAGUGUGAAACCGCUUAUACGUUCCAAGCUGCCUAACGAUGCAAAACUUAAUGUACCGCUCAUUAAGGAGGCUUACCUAAACAAGGCGUAUAGAGAAAUAACGAUGGUUAUUGCCUGUGUCCUGUCAAUCGUACUGUCACUAUUAGCUGGUUUUGUUAUCGGUUUUCUAGUUGGAAGAUCCCUUUACCAAAAGGAUAACACGAGCGCCUGGAAAAAAAGGUACGUGAAGGUCGAUCGUAUGGCUGGCCUAAUAAGUCCAGAUCUUACAAUGGGCGGUACUUACGCUGAAGGCCAUUGCGAGCCAGCAUAUGCUUUGACGCCUGGAAUGAACAGGAGCGGCCUUCGGCCCUGCACUCUUGCUUUAAAAAGGAAUGAAAAACUUUGCAAUCAUCCGUCGGGUCGAUCCAAAGGAAACCUGGACAACAGUUUUCUGGACAUGAACAAUAGUGAGAAUAGCAUAACCCUGCAUAAGGCAAAAAGGAUCUACCUGUAGAUCUGACAUUUACACUACCACCCAAUAUUGUGUGGCCUUCUAAUAUUGCUACACCGGGACAGUCACUUCGAAAGAUUUACCCUAUAAGGAAUGUCAUUUCAGUAAUUUUUGUAUAUACUUUGGUUCAAUAUGCUUUGCCGAACGUGCAGUGCGAGAAAGCUGUUGAGUAACUUCGGAAUUCUAAUAGGGAUAACGAAUUUUUUCACGGCAAUAAUAGACAAACUUGAAAUAUAGAGCCACUGCGUAAGUAAACAUGGAAUCCCAACGACAUAUAUAGCUCAGGCGGAUUAUUGGCCGUUACAGGCCACUUGUGUGUAAAUGUGCGAGUUUGCGACGAUUAUGAUCUUGAACUUCAUAAACUUUGAACUUUGACCCUGGCAAUACGCUGGAUUAGUCUAAGGUAGUGGAGUUAGACAAACCAGUACAAAAAAACGUAAAUGAUGUAAUUGUUACGUUACAUCAUAUCCGUGUUCUAUCACACAUAUUGUUUAAAAUUGGCACACUUUGAAAAGCGUCAUAAAAGAGUACGUUUCGAAGGAAGUUACGCAUGUAUUGCUUUAGUUGUGUCCAUCCAAAUAUCCGAGUGCUUGGGCCGGGACAUGAACUCCGUUCAAAAUGCCAAAGGUAUCAUUUAUCGCUUGAGCGAUAAUCGAUUGUAUAAUUGGGCAGGAAAUUACAAAAAAAAAGCAUGGAGGAUUAUACAGUUAGUGAAGAACUAUACAGAGUAAAAAUGAUACAUAGUACAAUAGUAUAAAUUCUCUAUAAUACCGAUAUUAUGCGACCUAUUCAUGUUUGUGCUCGGUCUAUGGCACAUCGUUUUGAUUAUCUACAUUACUAUCUGCUAAAAUAAUUGUGCUCGUCAAGUUCUAAAAAUCGAUUCCUAGUUCUAUUCCAAUUCACUCAGUCCAAGCUAUUUCGUUAGCUUAAAGUUAUUAGACGUUGUUAGUCGUAUUCGUAAAUGCGAACUUAUCUCUAACAAUGAUAAGGUCGAUCAAACCUCGUAGUAAGAAUAACUUUCUGUCAGUGUCAAUUUUGAGUAGGCUAUCUGGAUAUCAGCGCAUUGACAACGGUUCCGAAGCAUUCAACCGGGUUAGGCGACCUCACGUGUUACUUCUCCCAGUUAAAAUGGGUUAUACGAAUAUUCUUAUGCUAAAGUAUUUAAAAAAAAAAAAGUCAAGAAUUAUGGUGCGUCCACAGACGAGUCACGCAGUUGAAGUUACUCUCAAUAUGCAUCCUUAAAUGUUUAAGGAAUGACUAAUCGAAUCUUAAACUCGUAUCCAAAUGAUGACUAAAUGUAUUAUAAUUUAGUACACCUAAAUGGAAAUAAUAAAUCUAUAUUGGCCUUCCGUAGUGGCUAAAAAUGAGGUGUGAACUCGUUGAAUGAAGUUCAGGAAAAAUCCAGCCCACAAUAAUACAGCCUCUUUUUUAUGUCGAUACAAUUAAAAAAAAAAACGUUUUUCAAAAACUAUACAGGUAAUUGUGCUAGAAAAACAUGUAAACCUAUGUAAAACAAGACAUCGUUUAUAUUCAUACGGCGAAUUAUUUAAUACUAGCCAUAACGCUGCAGAGUUUUUUGCCCGCAAGUACAUCAAUCCAAUGUAAACAUGUGUAUAUAUGACCAAACUAUGGAUCUCAAAAAGAAAAUAUGUAUAUAUAUAUAGAUGCUCUUCAUCCAAAGAUUGUGUUUGUAAAUAAAUGAGGCUAUUGAGAUUCGAGCGCUA